AUUGUCUUGAAAUAAAAUUCUGGCAGCAGCCCCUGUGAGUUUUGUGAUCAACAUGAGGGACUCCAACAUGGAUGCCAGCACCACCAUGUCUGAGACAGUAGCUGAAGAAGUCUCUCUUUUCAGCAUGACGGACGUGCUUCUGUUUUCACUCAUUGUGGGUCUCCUGACCUACUGGUUCCUCUUCAGAAAGAAAAAAGAUGAAGUCCCUGAGUUCACCAAAAUUCAAACAACGACCACCUCUGUCAAAGACAGCACCUUCGUGGAAAAGAUGAAGAAGACGGGCAGGAACAUCAUCGUGUUCUACGGCUCCCAGACAGGGACCGCCGAGGAGUUUGCCAACCGCCUGUCCAAGGACGCCCACCGCUAUGGGAUGCGGGGCAUGGCAGCAGACCCGGAGGAGUAUGACUUGGCCGACCUGGGCAGCCUGCCAGAGAUAGAGAACUCCCUGGCAGUGUUCUGCAUGGCCACCUACGGUGAGGGGGACCCCACUGACAAUGCCCAGGACUUCUAUGACUGGCUCCAGGAGGCGGACGUGGACCUCUCCGGAGUCAAGUAUGCGGUGUUCGGCCUUGGGAAUAAGACCUAUGAGCACUUCAAUGCCAUGGGCAAGUAUGUGGACAAGCGGCUGGAGCAGCUCGGUGCCCAGCGGAUCUUUGAGCUGGGGAUGGGCGACGAUGAUGGAAACCUGGAGGAGGAUUUCAUCACGUGGCGAGAGCAGUUCUGGCCUGCUGUGUGUGAGCACUUUGGGGUGGAAGCCACAGGAGAGGACUCUAGCAUUCGCCAGUAUGAGCUGGUGGUGCACACAGACAUAGACACGGCCAAAGUGUACACGGGCGAGAUGGGCCGCCUGAAGAGCUAUGAGAACCAAAAACCCCCCUUUGAUGCCAAGAAUCCAUUCUUGGCCGUAGUCACCACCAACCGGAAGCUGAACCAGGGAACUGAGCGACACCUCAUGCACCUGGAGUUAGACAUCUCAGAUUCCAAAAUCAGGUAUGAAUCUGGGGACCAUGUGGCCGUUUACCCGGCCAAUGACUCUGCCCUGGUCAACCAACUUGGCGAGAUCCUGGGUGCUGACCUGGACGUCAUCAUGUCCCUAAACAAUCUCGAUGAGGAGUCCAACAAGAAGCACCCAUUCCCCUGCCCCACCUCCUACCGUACGGCCCUCACCUACUAUCUGGAUAUCACCAACCCGCCACGCACCAAUGUGCUCUACGAGCUGGCCCAGUACGCCUCGGAGCCCACCGAGCAGGAACAGUUGCGCAAGAUGGCCUCCUCCUCGGGCGAGGGCAAGGAGCUGUACCUGAGCUGGGUCGUGGAGGCUCGGAGGCACAUCCUGGCCAUCCUGCAGGACUACCCGUCCCUGCGGCCCCCCAUCGACCACCUGUGUGAGCUGCUGCCUCGUCUUCAGGCCCGCUACUACUCCAUCGCCUCGUCCUCCAAGGUCCACCCCAACUCUGUGCACAUUUGUGCUGUGGUUGUGGAGUAUGAAACCAAGUCUGGCCGCAUCAACAAGGGCGUGGCCACCAGCUGGCUGCAGGCCAAGGAGCCUGCUGGGGAGAACGGCCGCCGGGCCCUGGUGCCCAUGUUCGUGCGCAAGUCCCAGUUCCGCCUGCCCUUCAAGGCCACCACGCCUGUCGUCAUGGUGGGCCCUGGCACUGGGAUUGCCCCCUUCAUAGGCUUCAUCCAGGAGCGGGCCUGGCUGCAGCAGCAAGGCAAGGAGGUGGGGGAGACGCUGCUCUACUACGGCUGCCGCCGGUCUGAUGAGGACUACCUGUACCGCGAGGAGCUGGCCCAGUUCCACAAGGAUGGCUCUCUCACCCAGCUCAACGUGGCCUUCUCCCGGGAGCAGGCCCACAAGGUCUAUGUGCAGCACUUACUGCAGAGGGACAAGGAGCACCUGUGGAAGCUGAUCCACGAGGGGGGCGCCCACAUCUAUGUCUGCGGGGAUGCUCGGAACAUGGCAAGGGACGUGCAGAACACCUUCUCCGACAUUGUGGCCGAGCUGGGGGCCAUGGAGCACGCCCAGGCCGUGGACUACAUCAAGAAGCUGAUGACCAAGGGCCGCUACUCGCUGGACGUGUGGAGCUAGGAGCAGCCUGGCCCAGCCCUGCUCUGCCCUCACACCUUACAGACUUGCUUCCCCACGUAAUCACUUUCCUCACUCCCUUCUGCUGGUCUCCCGGGCGGCUUCCACUGGGCCUUGCUACAGGAGGCAGGCCCAGUGACAAAGACUGUUCUGGGCCAGAGAUGUGCCCUCCAGAGCCCCCUAGCCCCAGGGCACAUGGCCAAGGGUGACCCAGCCCGCACUUUGUGAACACCUCAGACCCUCGGUGGCAGUACAGAAGGGGCUCUUCUCUCAGCUGAGCUGGGCCCUGGCCCUGCCACGUGAUUUUCAAUGAGUGUAAAUAAUUUUAAAUAAUCUCUGGCCCUUGGAAUGAAGUUCUGUUUUCUG